AUGUGGAGUAGAGUUAUUUGGGAGGAGGACAAUGUGGAGGUAGAGGAGGUUAUCCCUUCCCACUGGGUGGUGGAUGAUGCGGUACUGUGGCCGCCUAACGUUACUAACCUUGGUGCCAUGAGAGCAAUUACAGAAAGAUGGGUACCUGAAAAUACUUGGAUCAAGUACCCUCUCGUGCGGGUAAAGAAAUCAUCUGACAACAAGAAAGAUUGCGAGACAGUUAACAUUACCUGCACAGAAGAUACUGAUGAAGAAGACUUAGGAGUUUUUAGGAAGAGAAUCCCCAAGAAAAAAACCUUUGGAUCAGAAUUCACCACGGGGGGCAGUAGUAGCGAGGCAGCUAACAUGGACAGAAGGGUUCCUCCUAGAACAAUAAGCCCACCACCAAGGAGCCCAACGCCCCCUGACAGGAGCGUGCCUGUUGGUAGACGUAGCAGAAGCAGUGACCGUGUUGGUAGACGUAGCAGAAGCAGGGACCGGUUUGGUAGACGUAGCAGAAGCAGUGACCGUGUUGGUAGACGUAGCAGAAGCAGUGACCGUGUUGGUAGACGUAGCAGAAGCAGGGACCGUGUUGGUAGACGUAGCAGAAGCAGUGACCGUGUUGGUAGAUGUAGCAGAAGCAGUGACCGUGUUGGUAGAUGUAGCAGAAGCAGGGACCAUGUUGGUAGACGUAGCAGAAGCAGGGACCGUGUUGGUAGACGUAGCAGAAGCAGUGACCGCAUGGCUCAGAGAAGCAUGAGUAUGAGUCGAGGGGGUCAUCAUAGCAGAAGUAGCCCAAUACCAAGGAGAUCGACAUUUCCAAUGUCCGAAGAGCGUUUUCAGAGAAGAGUAUUAUACAUAUUAGCAGAAAUAAGAGAUCUAAUGAAGAAAAAUCAAUCUAAUAACAACACAGAGAUGAGAACAAUGCAAAUGCAACAACAUGAUACCAUGGAUUCCUUCAGUGAAUUUGAUAAUGCAUUGAAGGACAGAGAAGAAUAUGAUAUUUGUAAAGCCACAGUUGCUGCAAUAGGAGGGAUUAACAUGUGUGAUCACACUAAGAAGGCCAUGCAAAGGUGUAUGACAAACAGAAUCAUGUCUACAAUGAAUUUCUCAGGAAAGAAAAAUAAAUUUCCUUUUGGGCACACCAACUUUUGUAGGGUGAUCAAAGAUGUCAUGAUGUCAAAAUAUAGAUCUACAGAAAAGGAAGUCUCUGACAGCAUUGUAUCUAAAAUGGGCACCAGAAAGAAAAGAUGGAGGAGGAAGAAAGUAGCAAUUGGGAAGUUGAACUAUUAUUUUUGUGAAGGACGUUGCUAG